GAGAGAGAGAAAGAGAAUUUGAACCUCCACCUAGUUGACUUGCUUCCCGGCCAAGCCAUGUGGCCAGUCACCCUCCUGCUUCCACCCUUGCCUGUCAUGGGCGCCACGGGGUGAAAGAUCGCUUCCAGUUGGUCGGCUUCCAGGUAGACGUGCUUGGACAGCAACUUGCUUUCGAACCAGCCCAUCGCAGAGAAGUCCGCACGGAACAUUGACCCUGGCCACCGCGGCCGCGACAGCUGGGUCAAAGUGAUGAAGGUGCUGGCUCCGUUAUGCCCACCGUGGAUGAUAUUCUGGAGCAGGUCGGCGAGUUUGGCUGGUUCCAGAAGCAAGCCUUCCUGACCCUAUGCCUGCUCUCGGCUGCCUUCGCCCCCGUCUACGUGGGCAUCGUCUUCCUGGCCUUCACCCCGGAUCACCGCUGCCUGAGCCCCGGGGCGGCCGAGCUGGGCCGGCGAUGCGGCUGGAGCGCGGCGGAGGAGCUCAACUACACGGUGCCGGGCCCGGGGCCCACGGGCGACGCCUUCCCCCGCCAGUGCCGCAGCUACGCGGUGGACUGGAACCAGAGCGCCCUGGGCUGCGUGGACCCGCUGGCCGGCCUGGCCGCCAACAGGAGCCACCUGCCGCUCGGCCCUUGUCUGCACGGCUGGGCCUACGACACGCCCGGCUCCUCCAUCGUGACCGAGUUCAACCUGGUGUGUGACAACUCUUGGAAGGUGGAUCUCUUUCAAUCCUGUGUGAACCUGGGCUUCUUCCUCGGCUCCCUGGGGGUCGGCUACAUUGCAGACAGGUUUGGCCGAAAAUUAUGUCUCCUGGCCACCUCGCUCACCAGUGCGGUCCUGGGUGUCCUCACGGCCGUGGCGCCAAACUACACGUCCCUGCUGCUCUUCCGCCUGCUGCAGGGCCUGGUGAGCAAGGGCAGCUGGACGUCCGGCUACGUCUUGAUCACAGAGUUCGUGGGCAUGGGCUACAGACGAAUGGUGGCGAUCCUCUACCAGAUGGCCUUCACCGUGGGGCUCGUGGUGCUCUCGGGGGUGGCCUAUGCCAUCCCUCACUGGCGGUGGCUCCAGCUGGCCAUCUCUCUGCCCACCUUCCUCUUCCUGCUCUACUACUGGUGCGUGCCCGAGUCUCCCCGAUGGCUGCUGUCACAGAAGAGGAAUGCUCAGGUGAUGAAGAUAAUGGGCCACAUCGCCCAAAAGAACGAGAAAUCACCUCUUGCUGAUCUAAAGAUGCUCUCUCUCGAAGAGGAUGUCACCGAAAAGCUAAGCCCCUCCUUUGUAGACCUGUUCCGCACGCCACAACUGAGGAAGCACACCUUUAUUCUGAUGUACCUGUGGUUCACGAGCUCCGUGCUCUACCAGGGUCUCAUCAUGCACGUGGGCGCCACUGGUGGGAACCUCUACCUGGAUUUCCUUUACUCGGCUCUGGUUGAAUUUCCCGCGGCCUUCAUCAUCCUGGCCACCAUCGACCGCUUCGGCCUCAUCCUGCCGUUGGCCACGUCCAAUCUGGUGGCGGGGACAGCCUGUUUCAUCAUGAUUUUUAUCUCACACGAUCUACACUGGCUAAACAUCACAGUGGCUUGUGUUGGCCGAAUGGGAAUCACCAUCGUGUUCCAAAUGGUGUGCCUGGUGAACGCCGAGCUGUAUCCCACGUUCGUCAGGAACCUUGGAGUGAUGGUGUGUUCUUCCCUAUGUGAUUUGGGUGGGAUCAUCACCCCCUUCCUGGUCUUCAGACUGAUGGAGAUUUGGCACGGCUUGCCGCUUACUUUGUUUGCGGGGUUGGGCCUGGUUGCUGGGGGAAUGACGCUGCUUCUUCCUGAGACCAAAGGGAUCACCUUGCCAGAGACCAUCGAGGAUGCAGAGAACCUUGGGAAGAUAGCAAAGCCCAAAGAAAACAUGAUUUACCUUCAGAUCCAGACAUCAGAACGUGCCGGCACCUGAGAGAGACACUUCGCUCGGAAUGAGUGGCAGAGAUGAAGAUGGGGUUUUCAUCUGAAGAAAUGCUUACAAACCCUUAUUUCUCUGUUCUUCGUCACUCUUGCCUGCCCCUAAACCAAUAACUUGAAGAACACUGCAUGAGUUUUAUUUUCUUCCUUUGAAAUCUCCCAAAGCUCUGGUUAUCUUUCAUCUACUUACCUUUCCUAGUGAGAGCUGUUGGUGGUUACCAGUUACUAAUUAUCUAAAAUAUUUUGAAGAGUCAGUAGAAUUUAAACAUUGCUGUAAAAGAGGCUUGUGUUACUGGUUUCCCACUGUUUUAUUCACUCUGAGAGAAAAUGUCUUUGUAUUUGUAGUACCUAUCUUGGCAAAAGUAUCUCAACAUGUAACUUUCUUGAAGGGCACUUGUUUCUCAAGCAUGGCGGCGCUUCCAGCAAACCAUACCUGAGUCAUGUUUGCACACAACUAAUAGAAUAAAACCUGACCUUCAUCCAAAAGCAAGAAGUACUGUAAUCUUCUUAGGAAGAAGUUUUGGCCACCUCUGCUCCAGGAGUAUUGGAUUCAAUUUCACUCUUGGUUUUCAUUCUUGUUGGUGAUUCUAGAAGGUAAACUCCUACGCCAGCUGUAAAGCAUUGUACUAAAUAUAUCAAAAAGAGUUCAGUUUA